AUGAAAAAAGUAAGAAAGCCAGCAGAUUUGACACAUUGGAACGCAUUUGUGGCGGCAUACAAAACGUUUCCGAUUCUCUGGGGCAUACGUUUCAAUGAUUCUGGGGAGACUCGGUUACGAGAACGUGCAUUGAAGGCUCUAUUGCCUUAUUAUCAGAAGAUAGAGCCGGGCGCAAAUAUAUUGCGUCUACGUCAGCGAUUGCUGGGCAUACGUUCCAGCCAUAGACGCGAAUGGAGGAGAGAGCGAGAUGCGAAACGUAAAGGUGAAUCUUACACUUCAACGCUGUGGUACUACGAACAGAUGCGAUUUCUUUGGAGCGACCGAGCGAAGGCCUACAAAUGGAAUGAAAAACCCGCUUCACUUUCCGACGACGAAACACAAGACAUAGUUAACGAAGAAACAACGAGCCAAGACCAACAGAUUUCAUCGCCAGAUUCUGAGCUAGAAUUUCUGUCUCAUGAUGAGCUUGAUAUAAAACAAGACGCAUUGCAAGUAAUCGAAGAGGUGUUGGAUCUAGAGUCAGAUUCCGAUACAAGAUCAGCUACAGUUUCCCCCAAACAAACAAUACAAUCUACAAAUCUGGUCACAAUGGCCACAACUUCGUCAGCUGAAGUACCUCAUCAACAACCAAUUCUCUCUGUGAAUCCGGCACCACGACAGACAUUACCAAUUUUAAUGCAAGCUAUGAAUCAUCAGCCAACGCAACCCUCGCCAGUUGAAGAACUUUAUCAACACCUAAAAGCCAAUAACAUACGCAUCAAUCGAGUACCAAGUCCACAACCAACUCCACUAUCCUGUACUGCCGAAGAAGCGCAGAUUUAUGCGACCAGCUGGGCGACAUCCUUUCGCCGCUUGGACCCCACUCAGCAAAUAUUGGCAAAACGGGCCAUUGAGGAAGUGUUAUCCUUGGGGCAGCUGCGAUCGCUCACAUGGGACUCUACGGUUCGUCAUACACCCAACACGCCUGGACCACAUAUUCCAAAUAAAUAUUAA